AUCAGUUUCUAUCUUUCGGCCUAUAACGGCAUACUUGUUGAGAACCAUGGACAACUACAGGAUUCUAGUCCUUUUUCUGUCCAUUUUUCGUCUUAGUUUUGCAUUUUACGACAGUAGCAAAAGCAAACACAUCGAGAGGGUGACUUUGACGGAAUUGUCAAAACCACAGAGAACAAAAAGAUCAGCAAGCAGCUUCCCUAGUGAGCUUCCGCUUCAAUUGCAGCUGAAAGGACAAGACGUCACUAUCAAUCUUAAACGUCGCUCCCUCCCUAAUACAUUUCACUACUCUACUGGUGAUGACGUCACACACAAAGUCGACGUGGAAAAGAGUUUCGGAGCCUACCAGUCGGAAGAUGGCGCUGCAAUCACUCUUGCCUGUGAAGACGACAGGGACCAAUGUACCUAUAGUGGAAUAUUUCCGUACGAGGGUGACUUCUAUAGAAUCCAGCGCCUUAGGAACAGUGAUAGCGCGAGCUACGAGGUAUUCCAUGUGGCUAAUAUCGCCGACGAUAGCGUGUUUCCUUUACCCCUAGCUCGUGCAGUUACAGAUAAAUCCAGAGAGCACUACAGGAAGAGGCGGACAGCCACAGAUAUAGGAGACUAUUUGAUCGAGGCGUACAUCACUAUGGGACCGGAAUUACGCUCAGUCUUCUCCACCGUCUUUGGCAGAGUAGCUUUUGUUCAGGGAGUAUCAAACGAGGUUGACUCGAUAUUCCAGAGUCUUUCCUGGUUUGGUUUGGAUGUCAGAGUGUACUUUCCGGGAUUUGUGGAAUGCGAAUUUAGUACAGUAGACACCACGUACUGUCGAAUGUUCAAGUCCAGUGAUGACAGAACGAUUCCGGAAUCUAAUCUCCAGUACGCCGAGAUUUACACAGGACUAUUCAACUCUGGUCAGGACGCAUAUCUUGGCCUGACACAAUAUGAUAUCACAACGGAUGCCGGAGAUUCAACCAUAACUUAUACUGCUAACGCGGACUCCAUCUGUAAGACGUCUGCGCCGUUCGGUAUUGUUGAGUACGGAUCCACUGCCUUCCCUGCGUACAAUUUAGCAAGGACACUUGGUACAAUGUUAGGAAUCUCUGACGACUCAUCCUGCGGAGAGGACGGAUCUGGAAAAGUUAUGGAUGAGCAGUCGAACCCAGAGAGGAUACAGUUCGGAGUCGGAUCCGGUAACUCAUGGAAUUGGACAAGCUGUUCGGCGAAUCAGUUCGACACCAGACUUAAGUCUCAGGGGGCUUGUCUACAGAACAUCGCCCAACCCGAUUACUAUGACGACGACCGACUUGUAGGGAGCGCUGGGAAAGCAUUCUUUACAGAACAGCAAUGCCAAUUACGUUACGGAUCGGGUUCCACUGUUUGUGUGAGGCCUUCUGAUGAUGAUGUGUUCUGUACAGAUGGUGUCACAUGUUUAAAUAGCACCUCGGGAACCUGCAUGAAUCUAUUUGUGUUCGAGGGGACGCCCUGUAAAGAAAUACCAACCACAUACAAUUAUGUGUGCGAGAAAGGAUUCUGUGUUGUGGAAUCUACCACUCCCACAACAACAACUACCACAACAACCACAACUACCACUCCAACAACCACAACCACCACUCCAACAACCACAACAACCACUCCAACAACAACCACAACCACCCCGACAACCACAACUACCACUCCGAUAACUACAACUACCACUCCGACAACCACAACUACCACUCCAACAACCACAACAACCACUCCAACAACAACCACCACCACACCCACAACAACUACCACUCCAACAACCACAACUACCACUCCGACAACCACAACUACCACUCCUACCACUCCGACAACCACAACUACCACUCCUACCACUCCGACAACCACAACAACCACAAUAACCACUCCAACAACCACAACCACCACUCCAACAACCACAACAACCACUCCAACAACCACAACAAGCACUCCAACAACAACCACCACUCCGACAACCACAACUACCACUCCGACAACCACAACUACCACUCCGACAACCACUACUACCACUCCGACAACCACAUCUACCACUCCAACAACCACAACUACCACUCCGACAACCACAACUACCACACCAACAACUACAAGUACCACUCCAACAACAACAACUACCACUCCGACUACUACAACUACCACCCCGACAACCACAACCACCACUCCAACAACUACAACUACCACUCCAACAACCACAACCAAUACUCCGACAACAUCAAAUACAGCCACAAGCACAUCUCCAACUACUUCCUGGAAAGCCCCAGUAACCAAAUCAACACCUACAUCGAUGCCUUCUACAAUUUCCAGUUUAUUCUCCUCCUCUUUUCCCUCGUCAUUAUUCACAACAAACUACCCUGUAAGUGGUACUACAAAAGGCAAAAGGCCUAAAAAGCCUAAAGGCAUUCUGUACGGCUCUAGCUUUUACAAUACAAUUACCAAAGCCUCUCAGGGAUCAAAAACUUACACGCGCAUCUAUUAUUAAACCUACAUGCCGCAUUGCACUGGGGUGAUACACUUAUACACGCAUCUACUAUUUUACUUGCAUGUGAUCUUUGCAUAGGGGCCUAACACUACACAAGCAUCUAUCAUUAAAUCAACAUACAAAAUGAACCUGCCUGUGACCUUGUAGUACUUUUUUAGUAUGUCAAUCAUUUCGUCACGUUGCAUUACAUUACAUAAUAUACAAGUCCUUCAUUCUCUUAUUCACUUCGUUUAACCCUGACCCUCAUAACUGAAUAGAAAAGCAUUCUACCUUUUCUACCUCAACCUGUGCCGUGCACCAAGUAUCAUUUUAAUAAUGCCUCCACCACGUCUUACUCUACUUCCAACCCUACCACCUACCACUAGACCAUCAGUCCAGUAUUCUUUGUAUCUACAAAUAGUCCACGCCCUACCACAAGUCUUUAAUUCUCACCACUAAUUCGUCAAUCCCUACCCCUAGUCCUUAAUCUUCACCACUGAUCCGUUAAUCCCUACCAUUAUUUAUAUCCCUUCAACUAGUUUAUCAAUCUUGUAGAUCAAGCAUCUUCUAAUAGCCCUAAGCCCUCUCGUUAAUCCUUCAUCUCCUUACGACAUAUUCAUAAAUCCCUAUCACUAUUCCUUUAAAUACUACAAGUAACCCCUAUGACUGGUCUUCCAACCUUUACAUUGAGUCAUUUCUUCUCUACCAGUAGUUCUUUAGCCCAAUGACAAGUAUUUAACCCCUACGCCUAACCACCCAAUAUCUGCCAGUAGUCAUUCGUCCCCAACCGCUACUUCUUCAAACAAUCCCGCUAGCCUCUCAAUAUCUACCAGUAGUCCUACGUCAACUGCUUCUUCAACCCGUCAAGCUAGUCCAACAAGCCGUACAUAUAGUCAUUCAAUCCCUGCUAGUGGUCAUUCGUCCCCUGCCACUUCAACACCUGUUUCUAGUCUAUCAACCUAAGCCACUUUUUUCACACCAUUACGCUAGCUUCUUCUUUUUUUCAAUCCAUAACACUAGCUUCAAGUCCUUCUCUAGCGCAUUUCAUUCAAUAUUGCCAUCCUCAAACGUCCAAGGUUUCCGAGAGGUAAAAAUCCCGAGAAAAUGUCGUAACAAGUUACAUACCAUGGGGUUUUGCGUAUGUGUCUAGAAUGUAAGGAUGGUGAUGACUUACGAAGAACAAACGACAUUUCUCAGAAGAUGAUUGUAAUAAAGGUACAACAUUUGCAAUCUA